AUGAAAAUUUCGAUUUUCUGUUUGGUGCUUGUUUUGGGCAUUGCCUCGGCUCGUCCCCAGUUUGGAUUUGGUGGCUAUGGAGGAUUUGGACAGCAGCAACAGCAGCAGGAAUCCUUUGGAUUUGGAGGAGUCUUUGGUCAGCAGCAGCAGCAGCAGGAAGCAUUUGGAGGGGGUUUCCCAGGAGGAUACGAGCAACAGCUGCAGAAACAAGAAUUAUUUGGAGGAGGAAAUUAUGGAGGAGGAAAUUAUGGAGGCUACUUUGGUUAA